AUGCCAGGGUCUCACUCACACCGUCAAUUGGGCAUCUUGUCCGUCGCACUUAUUACAUAUUUUAACGUCAGUGGUGGACCAUGGGGUAGUGAACCCGUUUUAGCAGCAUGUGGACCAUUUAUUGGGAUUGUAGCAGUUAUAAUCUUCCCCUGGGUCUGGUGUUUGCCUUUAUCCUUAACAUUUGCGGAGCUUUUUACGGCAUUUCCAACCGAUGGGAGUUUUUGUACAUGGGUGGGUGUUGCAUUUGGUCGACCCAUGGGUUUUCAAGUGGGUUUCUGGUCCUGGACCUCUGGCGUGAUUGAUAACGCAAUCUACCCCUGUCUCAUUGUGGAUACAUUACUGGCUCUUACGACCUUUGAGGAUACAGAGACCGACACUGAUACUAAUGAAAGUGUAGCAUGGCGUAUCUUUGCUUUGCGUGCCGUUUUUGCACUGCUUUUUAUGCUGCCAACAUUAAGCAGUAUUAAGGUCGUAGGACAGACAUUAUUGGUGUUAGGAGUCUUAAUCUUUCUACCCUUUACAGUCUUAGUCGUAUAUGCUGUCCCACUGAUUCAACCAGCCAAUUGGUUUGUCAUUCGAAAAGAUCGUGAUUGGGGACGAUUGUUGAGUUCAUUGUACUGGAACUAUAGUGGGUUUGAUGCAGCAGGGGCAUAUGCUGGAGAAAUUGAGUCACCAAAGACAACGUAUCCAAGAGCAAUGGUGCUUACGGUCGUGAUGAUUGCGUUUACAUAUAUCAUUCCAUUCAUUGCAAUUUCAGGUGCAGACAUGCCACACUACACGACAUGGGACGAUGGAUCGUACUCGAUUAUUGCACAAACAAUUGGUGGAACGUGGCUUUGCAUUUGGGUGCUCAUCUCGUCUGUGUUUGGUAACCUCGGGCUUUACGUUGCUGAAAUGGCCAAGGAUGGAUUUCAGCUUGCAGGCAUGGCUGACUCAGGCUUGGCACCACCAUACUUCGCUCAACGCCACCCAGAUACAGGCGUACCACGACGAGCGAUCCUUGUGGCAUUCUUUAUUAUUGUGUUCAUGGGCAUGUUUGAUUUUGACACGAUCUUGGGGGUAGAUAACUUUCUAUCGGCGCUGUCGUCUCUUGUGGAGAUGAGCGCUGCUGUGCGUAUGCGCUUCUCACAUCCUGAAAUCGAACGGCCAUACCGUGUGAACCUGUCGGACCGUUCGCUGGUGGUGGCCAUGAUACUGCCAUUUACACUAGGAAUUUUUAUCAUGGUGAACGAAUUGACCAAAUCAUGGACCAGCUUGACGCUCAACAUAGUCACGCUUUUGUUCGGCUACCUCGUUCAGAAGUACAUUGAACAGUAUCCUUACCACAAGUACUCAAAGAUUGUCGGAUUUCCACUGCAAUUGACCGAUCUAUCUGAGGAACUCUAG